AUGUUUCAGCAGGGUCUUGAACACCAUAACAGUUACAUUGUAUGUUACUUCACCCACAUCCACACCCACACCUCAAUUGGAUAUCAACUACACGUAUCCAAACACGAAAUAAGCAUUAAGCUAACACAUUUUGCAUCAUCGUUAGCCUUACGUCACUCACUCGUUCACUCCCAUCAUCGACAUUUUAUCGCUGUAACCAACACACAGAGAAAACAAAAGAACGAAAAAACUAGCGGUGCCCGCGGCCCUCGCGUUGUUCUCUGUGUGUGUGUCUGUGUGUCUGUGCUGGGUGGUUGGCCUGAAACAGACACGGCAACCCCCGCAGAAAACAGAGCAACGAAAAAAAAUUUGUCCAGCUGUCGGCAUUUUUGUUGUGGCGGUGUGCUCGAGAGCAAAGACGGAACAACAACAGCAACAACAACAACAACAAUGACAAUGACAACAUUAGAGAACUUGGAAGGGCAAGCCAUGCCAUUGCUAUGUGAAGCGUGA